ACUAGUUGUGCCACUGUCAACAUUGUGAAUGACAAUUUUUUGGAGGGCGAUCAUAACUUCGACGUCUUUAUCUCUGACCCCGGACCUUCUGCCAUGACUGGGACACCUAGUAAUACUGAAGUCACUAUCAAUGACGAUGAAUCUGGAACCCUGGUGUUUGAUACAGGGUCUAGCACUGCUACAGUACCUGAGGGGGGACAUGGCAUCAGUCUGUAUUACCAUCUCAUCUACUGCCACUUCCCUGGGAUGUGACCUCACAGUUACUCUUACUACUGCUGACGGCAAGGCUACAAGUGCAGACAAUGACUAUACAGCUGGACAGUAUGAGAUAUCAUUUAUGACAGGCGACACUUUUGAUCUUAUGGGUUGUGUUGAUAUCCCAACUAUUGAUGAUAUGAUUCUGGAGGGAGAUCAUGACUUUAUUGUCAGUGUCUAUGACAUCACACCAGAUGGAGCAGUCACUGCCAGUGGAGACUUGACCGUCACAAUUACAGAUGCUGCUGAUGGUCAAGCCAGUAUCGAUUUGCAAGGCGAUGACACCUUUUCUGAGGGCGAUGGAACCGUUCAAUGCUGUUUUGCAAUCUCUGGACUGCCAUCGGGAGGACUAGGAUGUGAUAUAGUUGUCACGGUUCAGAGUCUUGCUGUUGGUGGUGCAAUGGAUGCAACUGUUGGUAGCGAUUAUGCAUUGCUAAUG